AUGCAUUCGGUCUAUUCUCGAGCGAAUGCCCUCUUCGCUUUUAUGUUAUGGGUGCUCUCCGCGGUGACGUUUGCUUGUUUUCUGACGACGGUUUUCCUCACUCCGAAAGUCGACAUCAAAGUUGAGGUCUCAAACCCUCGGGUACGAUCUGUCGUUGACUACUCCUCGGCCACCGAACACUCCGAUUUGGGACUUCUAGAUUUUUCCGUGAACGUUGAUUUGACGCAAACCUUCAACUGGAACGUCAAACAAGUCUUCCUCUACCUCGUCGCCGAGUAUUCGACCCAAGAAAAUCCAGUGAAUCAAGUUGUUUUGUGGGAUAAAAUCGUGCAUCGAGCCUCGAGAGUUAUCAUCGAUGAAAGGAGAAUUCAACCGAAAUAUUACUUUUUGGACGACGGCAACCAUUUGUUGAAUCACCAAAAUGUGACACUCGUGCUCCGUUAUAAUGUGGUUCCAAAUUCGGGAUAUUUACGACUCGCACAGGCUAAAGAUCAAUUCAUUCUCAAGUUCCCCUCCACUUACACCACUUCCAAGUUGAUGCUAUUUCCUCAAGCGAGUGCGAUUAAAUCAAAUAUGGAAAGGAAUCGAACGAUUGGAGCAGUUGUUGUCGGAAUUUCGUCUCUCGUUGUGGCUAUUCAAGUGGCUUUCAUUUCAGGAUAUACAUCAACUGAUUUUGAGGUUCAUAGAAACUGGAUGGCGAUCGUUCACAAUCUCCCGCUUGCAAAGUGGUACUACGAGAAGACGUCGGAAUGGACACUUGAUUAUCCGCCUUUCUUCGCUUACUUUGAAAAGUUGUUAGCAAUCGGAGCAACUCGUUUUUUAUCCAGGGACGCGCUGAAGUUGACUAAAGAACCGAUAAUGAACGACUCGAUUCUUAGAUUUCAACGAUUCUCCGUGAUUAUUUCUCAUCUGUUAUUUAUCUAUUCCUGUUAUCGCUUGUGCUUUAGCAACACUCCCAGAUGGAUAAAAUUACCGAAUGGUUUGAGAAAACGCGCGCAAAUGGCACUGUUUGUACUUCUCGUCACGAAUAUUGGCUUUUUCAUUGUGGAUAGCAUACACUUUCAGUACAACGGAUUGCUGACGAGCUUGCUGGUAUUUUCAAUGACAUUAAUCGACCAAGGAGCAUUUGUAAAGGGAGCUUGCAUGUUCUGUGUGUUGCUCAAUUUCAAGCACAUUUACCUCUACUAUGCUCCAGCGUUUGUUGCCUACUACUUAAUUGGUUAUUUCGAAGUAACUGUGAAAUUUGAUGUAACGAUGGUAUUGCGAAAAGGGGUAACUCUUCUUGCCAUGAUGUUGAUUCCAUUUGUUCUCUCGUUUGCUCCAUUUCUUUGGCUGGACGGAUUUGAUACGAUCAAACAGAUAUUUGUACGAUUAUUUCCGGUUCAAAGAGGACUGACUCAUGCUUAUUGGGCGCCGAAUUUCUGGGCUUUGUACAACAUUGCUGAUAUUGGCAUCUACCGAGUUUUGAGUUUCAUUGGAUUCAAGUUCAGUCCACCGAUGUACACUUCAGGAUUAGUUCAAGAAUAUUCACACAGCGUCUUACCAACAAUCGGGACAAAAGAGUCGUUAUUUUGUACGUUGAUUGCCCUGCUUCCGUUAAUGGCAUUGAUGCGCAAAAGAAAGGUCGCGGAUUUCACGAUCUACUUGACUUUAUCAGCGUUCGCAUUUUUCUUGUUCGGAUAUCAUGUACACGAGAAGGCGAUUAUACUUCUGACGAUACCUCUUAGCAUAGCUGCUUUCACGAAUCCCGUUCAUUUGACUUCGUGGGUGGUGCUGAACACAAUCUCGAUCACAUCUUUAUUUCCGCUACUGUUUACUCUGUUUGAGAUUCCCACCAAGUACUCGAUUGGUCUUGCAUACUUUUUCGGUAGUUUGUUAUGCAUUCGAUAUGUUUUUAUGAUCAAAGUGCGGCACUUUUUAUCGAGAGGACUUCGGUGUUAUAUAGCUGUCUUAUUCUUGGUGGAACUCUACAACACAAUCUUUCACAAAAUCAUCUUUGGAGAACGUCUCACAUUUUUGCCCCUUAUGCUCAUUUCGGUUUGCAACGCUUUGGGGAUAUUCUAUGCGUAUUUGCGAAUUUUGUGGAUAGAACUCGCCGACACAUAUGGACUUCGAAUAAGCAAAUGGAGUUUGGAACGUUUAGAGAAGGGAGCUCUUCGAACUCCACCACAACCCAUCUUGUCACUGAAGGAUGUUCAAAUUGUUGCUGGGGCCGAUAUUUCUACCUGCAAAGGGUUUCCUGAUUUGGCUGUCGUCACGUUAUCUUUGUUCAAAUAUCCAGAAUUUGCAGAAAUCACAAACUUUGACUGUGUGCGAAUCAUUUCGUCUCCUUACAUUAGCGAUUAUUUGGGAUUACGUGAAGUUGAACCAUUGUCGGAUUUGAUCAACGAGAUGGUUUCUAAAUCGCCAACCAUGCGACCGGACGUUAUUUUUAUUGACGGGAACGGUUCAUUUCAUCCGCGAGGUUGUGGAUUAGCUUGCUUGGUGGCCUCAAAAACCAGGAUCCCAACCGUCGGCAUCGCUAAGAAUUUCAACAUUUCUUGUUUGAUAGCGGACGGAGUUAACAAAGAUGGAAUUAACGAGGCACAAAAGAUUAUCGAUGAAAUUAUAAAUCUACCCGGAGCGAGUGACGGGUUUUACGAAUUCGAUAUAGGUAGACCAAAGACGUUACGGAUAGUGCGAGCUGGUGGUUCUAAGCAGCCAGUCUUUGUGUCAUCUGGUGGAGGGAUUUCGCUAGCUGAUGCCACUCAGUUAGUACUAGAAUCAUCGUUGAACAGGAUAUCAAUACCAAUUAGAACGGCCGAUCUUCGCUCGAGAGAGAUUGUGAGAAGAGUUUUUGAAGACAAU